AUGGACAUCGUAAAAGCAGUGCAAAACUAUAUUAACAAGAUGGUCAAUGAAGUACCGGGUAUAAAGGUGCUGCUACUUGAUGCGGAGACGACUCCGAUUAUUUCGAACGUAAUGACUCAAUCUAGCCUUUUAUCACAUGAAACUUAUUUGGUCGAUCGAAUUGAUAAUCGAAAUCGCGAUAGAAUGCGACACCUUAAAUGCAUUUGUUUUCUACGCCCUACCAAUGAGACCAUACAGUUGUUGGUUGAAGAACUUAGAGAUCCCAGCUAUGGAGAUUAUUACUUAUACUUUAGUAAUACAUUGAAACCGUCGUUAAUCGAAAGAUUGGCUGAGGUGGACGAACACGAAGUUGUUCGCGAAGUGCAGGAAUAUUUCGCAGAUUAUUGUGCGAUCAAUCCUGAUUUUUUUUCUUUGAAUCUUUCAUUACAACAGCAUAGACUUUAUGAUGACUCACAAAAUAAAUGGGAUAGUAAAACGUUUCGUCGAGUCGUUGAAGGUGUACUUGCCGUUUUACUUUCAUUAAAGAAAAAACCUUUGAUACGUUACGAGAAGAUGAGUGUCAUGGCAAAGCAACUCGCAACAGAAGUUCUUUACAAUAUUCAGAGUGAAGGACAACUAUUUGAUUUUCGUCGAACGGAUACUCCACCGAUAUUACUUAUAUUAGAUCGUCGGAACGAUCCAGUCACUCCUUUGUUAUCACAAUGGACUUACCAAGCGAUGGUCCAUGAAUUACUUGGCAUCCAUAACGGUCGCGUGGAUUUAUCGGAUGUUCCUGAUAUACGUCCGGAAUUGAAGGAAAUCGUACUUUCUAGAGAUCAAGAUCCAUUUUACAAGAAAAAUAUGUACUUGAAUCUUGGAGAUCUGGGUGCUAAUAUCAAAUCACACGUUGAGGAGUAUCAGGCAAAAACUAAAUCGAGUAUGAAUAUAGAGUCUAUCGGCGACAUGAAGCGAUUUUUAGAAGGAUAUCCUGAAUUCAGAAAACUAUCUGGUAACGUGGGCAAGCAUGUAGCUUUGGUUAGCGAAUUAAGUCGUCUGGUGGAAAAGGAAAAUCUAUUAGAAGUUAGUGAAUUGGAGCAGAGUCUGGCUUGUUAUGAGCAGCACAAUAACGAUUUAAAGAGUUUGCAAAAGCUUAUAGCGAAUCCUAAAGUAUCAGAUGAUAGUAAGAUUCGACUAACUUUAUUAUAUUCCUUGCGAUACGAAAAAUCACCAAAUAAUGACAUCUUCUCAUUAAUUGAUCUGUUACGACAUCAUGGUGUUAGCGAGCAUAAGAUUUCUUUGAUUGGAUCAAUGUUAACAUUUGCUGGAUCUGAUCAAAGACAGGAUGAUUUAUUCUCGAAUGAGAGUUUAUUGUCUAAAGGACGAAAUGUUUUUAAAGGGUUGAAGGGAGUUGAGAAUGUAUAUACACAACACUCUCCACAUCUUUCGCAGACGCUUGAAUUUUUAAUUAAAGGCAAAUUGAAAGAAACUAGUUACCCAUUUAUUGAUGGGUCGACCAAAGACAGGCCACAAGAUAUUAUCAUACUUAUGGUUGGGGGAGUUACUUAUGAAGAAGCUCGAUAUAUCGCUCAAUUAAAUGAAUCAACUGCUGGAGUUCGUAUUGUAUUAGGUGGAACUACAGUACACAAUAGUAAUAGUUUCUUGAAUGAAAUUCAAGAUGCAUUUUACAGAUUCCCUUCAGAUGGUACAGGUACUAAGACACCGAAAUUUGGUAAAUCGUAA